AUGGAGAAGAGAUCAAGCAUAAAAACUUUCUUGAAUUUCUUGUGUUAUCCAAAAUAUGGAUAAGAAUCAAAAUGAAUUGAUUGUGUUCAGUUUCUUCUUUGUCUGUCUACUUGUCUUCCAAAAUGCUCUUGUUUAUACCUCGGCACUGUCUGAACCCAAAGUUUACAUUGUGUAUAUGGGAGCGAGGCAGCAUGAUGAUGUAGACCUCAUCACUUCUACUCACCAUGAUAUGCUAGCUACAGCCCUGGGAAGCCGAGAAGCAGCAGCAAAUUCAAUGAUUUACAGCUACAGUCAUGGAUUUUCCGGUUUUGCAGCCAUGAUGACCAAGUCCCAAGCUCAAACCUUUCAAGACUUACCUGGAGUUGUUAAAGUCAUUCCUAAUUCCUUCUACAAGUUGCGAACGACCAGGAGUUGGGAUUAUCUUGGCCUAUCCUUAAACUCUGCCACUAAUCUCCUGCACGAUACUAAGAUGGGUGACGGUGCCAUUGUUGCUGUUUUAGAUACAGGAGUGACACCAGAGAAUGAAGCCUACAAUGAUAGAGGACUAGGGCCAAUUCCUUCAAAAUGGAAGGGCUACUGUGAGUCUGGAGAGCGGUUCGAUCCCAAGAAGCAUUGCAAUAGAAAACUAAUUGGAGCUCGGUUCUUCAUUAAGGGCUACCUGGCUGAGAUAGGACAGCCUGGAAAUGUUUCAGGAAUCUAUGACUACAUCUCUCCACGGGACCUUAAUGGGCAUGGCACUCACACUUCUAGUACUGCAGUUGGUUCACUUGUGUCAAAUGUGAGCUACAAAGGACUGGCAUUAGGAACAUUUAGGGGCGGUGCACCUCGUGCAAGGCUUGCUUUUUACAAGAUCGCGUGGGAAGGUCACUUCAAUGCUGCCGAUGCUCUCAAGGCCUUUGAUGCUGCCAUUCAUGACGGAGUUGAUGUUAUAUCUGCUUCUUUUGGGAAAGAUGUGCCUUUAAGCGCUGAAGUAGACCCUAUCGAUUCACUCCACUUUGGUUCUUUCCAUGCUGUUGCACAUGGGAUCACUGUUGUUGCUGCAGGAGGGAAUGAAGGGCCUGCUGCUCAAACUGUGUCUGCUGCAGAUCCAUGGAUUUUAACAGUUGCUGCUAAUACACCUGAUAGAGACUUCCCUACCCCAAUCACACUAGGGAAUGGCCAAACCUUCAUGGGUCAAUCGUUGUUCACAGGGAAAGACACAGGCGUUGUCGACUUGGUUUUUGUCUCAGACCAGUUUUGUGAAACUCUAUCAACAAAUGAUACAUGGAUAGCUGGAAAAGUGGUGUUGUGUUUUACUGGAAAGCAUGGCUUAGAUCUUGAUGUAGCAAACAUUGUAGCGCAAGUUCGGGCUAUUGUAAGGGAAGUUGGUGGUGUGGGAAUUAUUGUGUCACAGAAGCCAUUUACAUUACUAGAUGGAUAUCUUGAUGAUUUUCCAAGUGUACAAGUUGAUCACGAGGUUGGAACUAAAAUACUCCUCUACACUGGCACCAAAAGUACUCCAAAGGUGCGGCUAAGUCCAUCCAAAACUCAUAUUGGUAAGCCAAUCUCUAGCGUCAUAGCAAAAUACUCAUCGCGUGGCCCUUAUACUAUAUCCCCUUCUAUACUUAAGCCAGAUGUAGCAGCUCCGGGAACAAAUAUAUUAGCAGCAUAUUUUACUAAUGAUCGUACAGUGUCAAGUUUUUAUACGUUUUUAAGUGGAACAUCUAUGGCAGCACCACAUGUGGCAGGAAUAGUUGCACUGCUCAAAGUUGCCCACCCAGAUUGGUCUCCAACUGCUAUAAAAUCUGCAAUUGUUACAACAGCAUGGACAACUGAUCCAUCUUCCGGAGAACCUAUUUUUAGUGAAGGAGAGACAAUUACUAAGGUGGCAGAUGCAUUUGACUAUGGGGGAGGGAUCAUAAACCCCAACAAAGCAAGAUAUCCUGGCCUCAUCUAUGACAUGAGCACAUCAGAUUAUCUUCAGUGUCUUUGUGCCAUGGGAUAUAACAGCACGUCCAUUAGUAUAAUUGCUGGAAAAACAACAUCUUGCAAUAAGGGGCUUUCCCUUUUGGAUGUCAACUUUCCUUCCAUAACCACACCAAAUCUGAAAGGGUCGGUUACUAUCACUAGAAUUGUGACAAAUGUUGGAUCUGUAAAUUCUAAAUACAAAGUUAUGGUUGAACCUCCAAAGGGAAUAACUGUAACUGUAAAGCCAACUACACUAAACUUUAGUUCCAAUGUCAAGAAGGCCUCCUACAGUGUAACAAUUUCCACAAGCUAUCGCUUCAAUACAGGAUACUAUUUUGGGAGCUUAACUUGGAAUGAUGGAGUGCAUAACGUGAGAAUUCCUAUCUCUGUCAAGACUACGUAUUGAUCGAGAAUCUUAUGGUGAUGCUUGUUUCAAGAAUAUAUAGUAAAAAAAAAAAAAAAAGCAAAGCAAUUAUGCUCAUUAUCAGCUCAUUCUUCCAGUUGCCAUAGCUUGGUUUUUAUUUUAAUUUCCAUUAUAUUCUUAAUUAAUCAACAACUCAUCAAAACGUACGAGCUAGUGUAUAGUGUGCAUCAUAUCCUAGUUUGAACAUUGUCAUGAA